AUGGGUUAUUCUCUUUGGCUUCUUCCGCCCAGUAAUUCGAAAAUAGCUUCAUCUCUUAUCUCGGCAAUUAAAUGUCUCGGCUGUUCAUUUGCUCCUCAUAUUACACUGGCUUCAAAAAUAUCACUCUCUAUAUCUGUUGAAAAUAUAAAAGCAUCUCUUAAUCUCUAUUUUGCCAAAAAUUCUUUGCCUACUAUCCAUAUCAAUACUUUGGACACGGGAUCACAAUUUUUCAAACGUAUAUUUCUACGAUGUGAAAAGACCGAUUCUCUUGUUUCACUUGCUCGUUUUUCAAAGCAAGCAUACAUUGGUAACAAUGAAGACACAGAUGAUGAUUGGACAAACGAUUAUGAUCCGCAUAUUUCUUUAAUUUAUGCUGAAAAACAAAAUUGUAAUGAUCAAGAAUUGAUUAGUCGAAUAGAUACUUCAACAUUGAUUGAUAAAACAUGGCAAGGCGGUAAAAUUCAACUAGUUGAUACCACCGGAGAAUUGUCGGAAUGGAAGACAGUUUUAGAAUUCGAUAUUCCAAAUAGUGAUUAG